AUGGAGGUUCGCGUUGAGGCAGCUAAAGGUCUCCCCGCGAAUGCGGUGCUUUCACUGCGUUUGGGCGGUACCCGAAGACAGGCGCCCUUAGAGAGUGCACUUUUGCAUGCAUUGCGGUUUUCAACGCUCCUGGAAGAUGCAAGUGAGCCUCUUCGCCUCGACGUGCUUCGACCCAUAUCCACCGCUCGGAUUGUCUUGCGGUCACAGGAAACCCAGUACACGGUUCCGCUGGAAGGUUCGGCCGACGGGGCCGUCCGAAUAUCAGUGAAGCCUUCCCUUGUCAAAGCUGCAGGGACAGGUAAAGGCACCGAUGCCAACAAAGCACCCGGCAUGCCAGGCUUCAAGGAUGCAGCGGCUUCAGCGAAGGAGUAUCUGGAAAGACACCAGCUGUUGCCUUACAUGCAGUCGCUGCUCCAUGCAGUGAUCCAGGCAAAACCAGAGGAUCCGUUCGCUUAUAUGGUGGAGCAGUUGACAUCAGCCCACACAUGCUCAGAAGCUCAGAGGCCAUUUGAGGAGGCUCCGGAAGUUCAUAGCGAUCCCGGACAAGCAGCUGCCGGCAUUAGGACACCAGUCCCGCAAGCUGCAUCAGAUCCUGGAGCAGCUCCAGUUGAAACCCGCGUGCCCUCACCACAGGACCAAGUUGCUUCGACCGGCACAGAGGACUCGGCCAAGUCCUCCAGCUUUGCGGUGGAAGACUCGCAGCAGCCCGCCGCCCUUGGACCACGGCUAGAUAGUGCAGGCAUGUCGCAUCCAGCGCCAUUGUUGUCUCCUGAGCGGCCAACUCGCCCGGAGAAGCCGGCUGCUGCGCAUCCAGCAAGAGCGCGGGAUCCGAAGAGGCUUGAACAAGUCCGAGCCAAUCUGCAAAAGCAGCUGCAACAUGCCAUAGCAGACGGGAAGUUGGAGACUUCUGUCCAGCGCGCCAUGGAGAUGAUGAUGAGCCCAACUGAGGCAGAGGAUCGCCUGCGGAAUGAGCUCACCAUCCUCCACACAGAGCGAACAGAGUUGAUCUCCCGUGCGCAGAGGCUCAUGGACGAGUUGCAGCAGCUGCGGACAGUGAACGACGAUCUCCACCUCAAGUUGUCAAAGUGCAAUGACUAUGGUCGCGGCAGCCAAUGGAAUGGUGCUUGGCCGCUUGCGCCGUUGCACAAGGUAAAUAUUUGGACCAAGCUGCGGCCCGUGGACCUGAUUGACAAAGCGCCUGAGCUCAAGUACACUGAGGCGACAGGUCAUUUGGAAGCCAGCUUGGAUUGCCGCUCGCUUGCAGCACAGGCGGGCUUGGGUUGGACUUCUACGCUCUUCAUGGUGGCAGCCGCAGGUGUGAUACUCAGCCUCUCUCAGGAGAUGCAAGGCAUUGGGGAGGCAUCACUUUUCUCCUUUGUCCUCCUGGCCAGCGGUGCCUUUAUUUGUGGAGCUUGUUUGGUUCUUUGCUCCGUUGGGACGACCCAUUUGCGCGAAUUCAUUGGGCCCUUGAACGCCGGGGCUUGGUCUGCCUUUGUGGCCUCCCUUGGGAACAUUGCCAUUUGGGUGGCCGUUGAAUUAUCGGAGUAUGCCCACUUCCAGGAAGACUCUAGCACCAGCACCUUCUUGAUGUGGACAGCUGUAGGCAGCGCCAGCUGCUGGAACGUGAUUGUUGUCACCUUUGUCCCUGCUCGAAUCGGUUUCGCGCGCACAUUCUGCCUCAUCGUCGCAGGAAAGGUCACGGGCGGCCUGUUCGUUGAUGCCGCAGGGAUCCUGCUGCCGAGGAGGCAGAUCACCCCAGCCAGGGGGAUUGGCGGCCUGCUGGUGGUUGCAGCAGCUUUGGCGCAGAAGCUGGGCUCCACCGAGGCCAGCCACGGGCAUGGCGCAUACGAUGUGGUGGCCAGCACGGCAAAGGACAAGGUGCCCACAAAGCAUCCCCAUGAGACGGAUUGUGCCAAGCAGUUUGUUCCAGCCCAUGUGUGA